AUGAAGCUAUCAACGAAAUCGCUCGUCCUGCUUACACCACGAAGAACUUCUUUCGCUCUCGUAUCUCUUGCAAGUAAAGCUGGCACCGGGGUCCACAAACCUGUUGGAAAAGACGGAGAAGGAGAAUACACAGCGGCUACGAAGGGAUGCUUCGAUGUCAUUGACACCGCGACACCUGCAAUCCUCGGAGAAAUAUUCAAACAAGACGCAAUCUCCUCGCCAAGAGCUUAUCAUAUUGCCGAUUAUGGAACUGCUGAUGCCGGGACGUCUUUGGGGCUGCUUUCUCGAAUGGUAGAGUCUGUAAGAAAGCACAACAACAACGAUGAACAAGAGGUGGUCGUUCACUACGAAGAUCAACUUACCAACGAAUGGCAGAGCGUUUUUCGCCAUGCACUGGGACUAAAACAUGUGAAAGACGCGUACGGAAAUCACAUAGAGACCCCUAUUGCUCUGGGAAAUGUGUAUGCCGAGGCUUCUGGGGUUGGGUUUCAUAAUCAAUGCUAUGCUUCUAACUCUAUUGAUUUCGCAAUCUCUUUUACUGCGAUGCAUUGGUUGAGUUCCUGUGACGUCAGUUCUCUGAGCGGUACUCCUUUCAUGCACGCUGCCAGAUGUCCUGAGGCCCCACAGUCGGAAAAGGUGCAAGCCGCAGAUGAUUGGAAAGCAAUUCUGAAGGCGCGGUCGAAGGAACUUGUGAAGGGUGGCCGAUUUGUCUGUGUCAAUUUUUGCGUAUCCAAAGAAGGAUACUUUUUGGGACAAACUGGCAAAGGAAAGAGUAUGUGGGACUCGUUCGAAACUGCUUGGAACCAACUUCACGAAGAGGGUCUUAUCGAUGACAAGGAGAAGGACGCAAUCUCCUUCCCAAGCUACUACAGAACGAUGGAUGAAUUUUUGCAAGGGAUUGGAGAAGUUGGGGGGUUCAAGGUCGUAUCGGCCGAGGAGAAGAUUGUCCCAUGUCCCUACAGAGAACUGUAUACCUCUGGAAAGACAAGUUUCUCUGAACGAGAAUAUGCCGAGUGGUUCGUCCCUACUACACGAACAUGGUCACAUUCCACUUUCCAAUCGGCAUUGAACCAAGAACGAAAUGACAAGGAAGCCAUAAUGGGAAAAUUUUGGGAUAAUUAUAUCAGCCUCGUAGCCAAGAAUCCAACUGAGCAUGGAAUGGAUUACGUACAUGCAUACAUUGUCUUGGAAAAAGUCUAA